AUGGACAAUAAUCAAUCUAAAUCACAUACACACGAUACACCUCCAAGGGUAAAUGAACUCUCCAAUGCCACAAAAUUCUUUGAAAGCAUAUUUUUUUCUGCAGUCGAUGUGAUGGCUAGGAAUGGCCAACCUUUGCAAAUAGUUUUCGCAUUCUUUGUUGUUCUACAAGUUUGUGAGGGAGAACGUUAUUACAAGGCUGAAAACUGUGGCGAAGAGGCAAACAAACAUGAGGAAUACUCCAUAUCGCAAACAGUUAUAGAGGAAAGUCUGUUUAUGAUUUCUCCAGAAGAUUUUUACUAUAAUUUCUUGGUGAAACAUAGGCCGUUUGUUAUGAGGAGGGUGGCAAGAAACUGGCCAGCGUAUACGGUAUGGACAGAAACCUACCUGAUCCAAUCUUUAACUGAAGACUUGCAAGUAUCAGUUAUAAAAGGACUACAGAAUUUCCCAUUUGGUGGUGAAAGUAACAUGCCAGUCAAAGAAUUCUUCUCAAGAUAUUCACAGGAAGAUCUAACACUUUGUGAUGAACCAACAAUGGAGAUGCUCAAUGAUAUAAGGGCUCCCCUUUGUGCUCAGUGUCAUCAGUUCAUGGAGAAGAUGACAGUCAAGUUUUGGUUUCACCAUCGUCACAAGAAAGCAUCAACAUCUUUAUUUUUCCAACCAGAUGAACAGCUGCUAACUGUUUUAAAUGGAAGUGCUACAGUAAUAUUAAUUUCACCUUUGCACUCAGAAAAACUUCCUUUCGAUGGAGAUGAAUUGUUGGCAAUUUCCAGUUUUGAUACAGAUACUCUCUCAUCUAGAGGCAUUCCAUACUUGACUGUCAACCUUGUUAAGGGUGACAUGUUAUACAUACCUCAAAUGUGGUGGCAACAUGUAACGUUUUCAACAGAGUAUAACCUAUUUGUACAGUUUCUAUGGCCAUCAAAAACUGCCAUAACUUCUGGAAAUCUACAAUCUUCAACCCAAAUAAGAGGGGAUCAUCUGCCAAGUAUACCAGCAUCAUUAAGAAAUUUACUCAGAAAGUAUGAAGAGAAGUUCUUGAUGAUGGAUGUAAGGCCAGUGGUUUGUUUAGACCAAGACAAGAGGAUGAGUGAAUAUACAUUUGAAACAGGAAAAAUGUCACCAGAUGAAUACGAAGCUAUCCAUAAUGGUCCUGACUUUAGCGAGGAAGAACCAUGCAACUUUGAUGCAAGUAAUCUACAAAGCCCUUGCCAUUUUGCAACCUGUUUUGAAGAUCCAGAAUCACCAAUUUGUAUUCGAUACAUUCUAGACUAUUGCAGCCACUGGGAAGAUCGUGGCUGUGCCAUUGAACUACCUCAGUUGUUAAACAAGGUGGAAAAGAGUUUAAUGAAGCAGAUUACUUCCUUGAAAUCCUCCUACCAAUAGGCACUUUAUUGAUUUUGAUGACAUAUAAAUUUUAGUGACAAUAUAAAAUAAAGCCUGCGGCCUGUAUACUUUA